UUCAUGCUUUGGGAUGGGGGACUGCCAGGGGUCUGUGUGAUGUGCUGCCUUACAGCUCAGUCCUGGGGGGAGGCUGGUGAGGAAUGUGCCUGGAUUAUAAGGGUAUGCUCUGUGGAUUAUUGUUAGCCAAGGGGAGCAUUGAAGAGAGGGGAUUGUGGGCUCUGCAGCCUCCAGAGGAGUGAGAAAAGGAGCUGCGUGGACCCACAGCAAGCCCCCCUGUCAGGCUUUGGAUCAUGGUGCGAUUUAAACAUUCAGUCUAAGGAUGGAUGGCCGGGACUUUGUGCAUAUGCCUCCCUCAAUGCUGUCAGGAUUGCAACUGGAGGGGGGCCGGAAUACAGUUGGUGGUGGUACUGGGCACCUUACACCGUCCGCCGGACACUUAGCCCAGCUUUCAUCUGCAAAGUACCUUCCAUCAACUCUUAAUUUGCACUCCCAUCCGGGGUUUUCUCACCUGGCCAGCAAUCUAUAUCCUUCCUACAUUCCCUUGAGUCACUUGGAGCCUGCUACUGUUGCAAACCCUCUCCUUGGACAGCUGGGGCCGCACAGUCUAUUUGAGUCCCAGAAAGAUGGGUUUUAUUUACCUUCCCAUGCUGGGCAGUCACCUUUACACACAUCUAUGUUGAGGCCUUCAAGUAACCAAGAACAGAAUUCCCAGCUGCAAGAAAAAGAACUCUCUAGUCACUCCCAUAAGAACACAAAAGAGAUUGCUAAGGACUCCAAGGAAAGAACUACUCGGAACGAGAUUUUGUUGGCAUCAUCCAAAAAGGAUGGUCGACUUAAGGAGGAGUCACAGUAUCAUAGUGUGGUGGAUCUUACCCAGGAUACUAAAGUUGAAGUAGAGAGGAAAAAGAGUGGGCUUCAGAGGGUAUCUAAGGCAGGGGAAUACCUCUCAACAGUUAAUACUGACUUUGUGCCAAAUCGUGUGUCCAGCAGUGGAGAAACAAAAUCCAAGAAUCCUCUUCAGACAUCUCUUUUGAGUAACUGUAAUGCUGGAGGUGAUCCAUUGGCUAAAACUCAAGGUUCUGAGCAGGACAGAUGUGCCAGAGACUCUAGUAGACAUGAUGAAAACAUGAGGCCUUCAGGUCACGUACCUUUGGUGAACUCAUCUGGGAAUUUGAACAUGUUGUGUAGUUGUUCCACCUCACACCCUCCGCAGUCAUGUAGUAGAAUGGUUGCUUCUUCCACAUUCCCUUCGCAACCUGUCCAUUCCAACGUUUAUACUAUCUUUCCAGCAGUUAAAGAGUCAGGAAGGGAACAUAAGGUUAUUGCACCUACAUUUGUGCCUUCUGUUGAGGCAUAUGAUGAAAGAAUUGGACCUGUACAAAUUGCUUCCCAGGCCCGAGAUCUGAAAGGCAAGGAAGGAAAAUCAACAGAAAGAACUGAUCUGUCUCGGAAUCUUUUACCACAGGAAAUGUCCAAUGAGGCUAAAAGAAUGGAAGGUACAAGGGAGAAAAACUCAGUAAUUCGAUCUAAUACCUCUCUGAAACGUUCUGUUGCUUCUGAUUCCUUUUUAAACCGUCCUGGCCUUGUUUCUCCAGAAAACAGGGACUUUAUCAGCAGCAAAGAUGCAGAAAACAGAGAACGGGGGCAACGUGUCAGGGAAUCGUGCAAAGUAUAUGGUUUGUCAGAGUCUCAGCGUCAACAUACAGAACAUUCGCAGAGAAAGCUGCCUGAGCAAAAGUGGAAACCAUUUGAAAUGAGCAACUUUGCCACCACUCAAAUGGCUGUUCUUGCUGCACAACAUAACCAGGUAAGCCAUGCAGAAGAGGAGGCAAAGAAAGUGUAUAUGGAUUCUACCAACCAUCCGAGAUCUUUAAGUAGCUGCAGGACCAGUUCUGAAUGUCUGCACAACCCUGCUCAUGGUGAGAGCUCUGCCAUGCAGAACCUUAUUAAAUACAGUGGGAGUUUUGCCAAGGAGGCAGCCACAUGGAAGAAUAGUGGUAAGAAAAGCCCAUUUGGGGGUCUUGGGAAUAUGAAAUUGGAUGCAUCCCAGAUGAACACUGCCAAGGCUCAGCAAUGUCUGCCACAGCCAGGGGUGAAGAGAGACACAGACAGACCUGAUAGUGCCAAAUCUUUCGGGCGGGACAGUUUGGGUCCCCAGGGAGAGGUGGAGGUUCGGCAUCCACCAGUGGGUAUUGCUGUAGCUGUAGCUCGCCAAAAGGAUAAUGGUGGAUCUAAAAUUGGCUGCUCUAAAGGACGUGCUGAAGAAGAGAACGUGGAUGAGCGAGUCAGGCAUAAUGAUGAGCGCUUGCUGGUCGGAAGAAUGGACCGGGUGCAGGAAAAACUGUUACGGGAAAGCAAGGAUCUAGCAGAUUUUGCACGAAUGCACAACGCUGGAUGCACCACUGGUGGGCUGAACUCUAAUCUGAUGGUAACUGGAGGCCCAACCCUUGCAGCUACUGGACGUUGGUCAGCUGAUGCUGCUGCACACUUAGCAGCUCCACCAUGGAUACCCAGGGGUGCUGCCCCUUCUAUGUGGCUCACAAGUCACCCAUAUGGCCUAGCUCAUCCAUCCAUUCAUCAAGGAAUAAGUCCAGCAUUUCCUCCUGGGAUGGCUGCUUCCCUGCCUUCUGCCUAUCAUUUUGCAAGAGAUCCCCAGAGUGGCCAAAUAAUGGUAAUCCCAACAGAACAAAUCUCUCAUUUUGCAGAGAUACUGGACCGGAUGCCGGCAUUAUGGCCAGCUAUGUACACUCCGACUCGCAGCUCUCUUCAGCAUGCCCAUCAGCUCCAGCUGUUAUCACAGCAGCAGCUUCUACGGCAGCAUGAACUCUUUAUGCUACAGCAGCAGGCAGCACAUGCCAUGGAACUUCAAAGGAAUGUGCAGCUUGAUGCAAUGGAACUUCAGAGAAGUGUGCAAAUUGAUGCUCUUGAGUUGCAAAGAACUGUACAGCUAGAGGCUCUAGAAUUGCAGAGGAGUACACAGCUAGAUGCACUAGAACAGAGGAGCAAACAUCUAGUGGAUAAACUCAAAGUAAGUGAGCAACAGCCAGAGGCAGAGGACAAGGUUGCAAAGCCAAGUCAAGAACAGAAUAAACCUCUGGUGUCUCAUGCAGGAAUGAAACAAAGGAAGGUCUUAUCUCCAUCUGUUUCUGCUUCACAUACUAAAGAACUCAGUCCUCCUCCUUCUUUCUCUCCAAAACACUCACUGCUGCCUAUGCUAAAAACAGAGAUUGUUCAUAAAGAAGAGUUAGUACCACAAGACCCAUGUGUAUAUUCUACACAUACUAAAUCACCCAGACCACCCUCGGCUUCUCUUCCUUCUCCCUCUACUGUCAUGCCUACUGAAGUGGAAUCUAUAGAGGAGACAGAAAAGAAAAAUAGGGAUGUGAAAAAGAAUGUUUCUGCUACAUUCCAAGAGGUCUCCUCCCCAGGUUAUCCAUUCCAAACUCUACCAUUUAGACAACAUUACCCAUACUUUAUCCAACCAACAGCCGCUACAGAUGCAGACUGUUAUGCUCCAGACGUUCCACUCUCGGCUAGUAACUCCAAUCAAAUGGAAACCUCCUUGGAGUUAAAACCCACGCGCUUAGUCAUUUCUGAAGGUUUUGAUCCAAGUGUAGCAGAUGCUUCAGUUGAGUCUUUAGAAAGUAAACUGAAGACCGAAGAUGAUGCCUUGAAAGCUGAUUGUGAACAAAAAAGUGAACUUGCCAGAGACUUGCAAGGGGAAGACUUGACCUGUCCGCUUGUUUUGCUCCAACAGAGUGAAACCUCAAACAUUGAAGAUGGACAGAACCAAGGUCUAGAGAACUGCCAAGCAGUUUGUAUCUCACAAACCAGUCCUGAAACUUUAAAAGAGACAAGUUCAACUCAGACAGACUUUAGAAGUGCAUCCAGCGAAGAUGGUGAAGAUGACCAGAUCACCCCAGGUCUCAUACCUCUUGAUAGUCAACAUGCUCAAAGCAUGACUGAUUUUAGUGACUUAAAUAUUUUUGAAGAAGGACAUGCAAACAGAGAACAGGAAUGCAUGGACCCUGUAGCUGACAAUUCAUGUAGUAUUGGAACAGAUAUUUCUUACGUGCCCGCUAACAUGUUGUCCAUGGAUAUUAAACCCGAAGAUCCAUUGGCUGGAAUGAAUGCCUUAGUGGCUGCAACUGAGUUGCCUCAGUUCUAUUCUUGUUUACCUAGUAAUGCUGAAAAAUUUACUUCAGAGCCAGGGGAUUCUGCUCUUUUCCAUGGCAUUGCUCUGCUAAGUGACAUGGCAGAACUUGAAUUGGAGAAAAGAAAAAAGGAAUUAUGUGGCAUGCAGACAUGUUAUCCUCCAGUUUCCCUUGAGAGUUUGCUCGCUGCUAGCACACAGAUGUUGAUGGAAGUUCUCUCGCGCCCUUCUCUGGAUUGUUUGAAAGCAGAGUCCAUUCAAUUACCUAGAGAUUUGAAUCCUAACAAGAAAUACAGCUGGAUGCAUAGAAAAGAUGAUACGCUGUUUUCGAUGAAGUCUGCCAUUGAGCACAUGGAUUCUACAGAACUUGACUAUAGGAUCAAAUUAGCAGAGCUGCAGAGACAGUACAAAGAAAAGCAGAGGGAAUUGGUUAAGUUGCAAAGAAGGGACUCAGAGGAGAUACGAGAUGAGAAGAGUAGGAGCUUGAGAAGAAGAGGCCCUGGGAGGCCACGGAAAAGGAAUCAUGGAGACAUACGUCUGUCUCCACUUCUGGAGAGAGAAAAGAACAACCACAAAAUCAGAAAUCUGAACAAGUGCCUUCUGCUCUCUGAGGAUUCGGAGACAGGAGAAUGUGUGAGAAGGAGGCUAAUUAACGUUUUGGAAGAUGAGGUGGAAAAUGUAAGUGGAAAACUGAAAAACAGAAUGCGAAGAUGGGAGGAACUGGCCAGAUCUUCAGGGUCCAAGUGUGAGGUUCGAAGCAAAUGCAGAAGGAAAAUGAAGUCUAUUGACCAAGACCUACUGGCAACCAAGUUGGACAAAGCCUUGUAUCUCAGCAAGCAAGACCACCUGAAAGAUCAGUUUAAACUUUCAGACAGCAGUUCAGGGAAACAAAGAAGUGCAGGGAAAACAAAGACUAUUUCAUCUACAGAAUCCAAACCGAUCCAUACCCUACACUUGCCGUUUAUAAUACCCAAACAAGGAAAAACUAAAUUCAAGAAUAUGGACACAAUGUUUAAGGUUAAAGGGGAACACACAUCAGUUUUAUCAGAAGUUAGCAGCUGCUCAUAUAAUACAGACACAGAGGACGAUGAGCAGACUCUUAGAACAAAAUGGCCCUUGCAGUCUAACUCAAGAUCAAUGCAACCAAUGAUGUACAAUUUGAUAUCCAGAAAGCGUAAGAAAAGUCCAGAAUAUCUUCUAUCUCCAGCAAGUGUAACUUCUAGCUGUGGGACUGUCAGGUCUAAGCAGGAUGUCACAAGGAAAAAAUCAUUUUGUUCACUCCUGCAGAAUGCAGAAGCUGGGUCAUCUUUCAGCGACUCAACGGAGGACUCGUUUGACCAAGAUGACAGUUCAGAAGAGGAAGAUUAUAGUGGUUCUGAUUUAGAUCCUUUGAGAUCCCACCACAUGGAAGAGAGUGGUUUAGGUCUCCUUGCCCGGUUUGCUGCAAGUGUCCUUCCCAGUCCCAUCAGGUCUCCGUCUCGAUCUGUUCUUGAGUUGGAUGUAAAACAAAAAGCAAAAGAGGAACAGAUAAGUCUAAUUGGUACUGAGUUUGAAUAUACAGAUUCAGAAAAUGAGGCAAAGAUUCUGAGAAAAUCAUCACCAAUCAUGACACCAAUCAAUACAAGUGAAGCAGGGCGGUCCAAUUCAGGUAUAGUAGAAGACAGCAGUAGUGAAAAUGGAAAACAGUUUGACAAGGUUCGAAAGUUGAAGAAACUAAAAUCGCCUAAAGACUUUAGUCAAGAAUUUGGACCUGAAGUAAGUGAUGAUGACCUGUGGAGCCGGCGCCGCAGCGAGCGCAUCUUCCUUCAUGAUGCUAGCAAUUCUACAGCUCUCUUACCUGUAACAUCAACCAAUGCUCAUACUGCCUCUAAACCUAUCCGGAGUGGCAAAAUUUCAAUAAUCAGUCCUAAGAAAGUAAAAGAGAGGAAAGAACUUUAUUGCAAGGUAAUAAAUGAAGCAAAAAGACUUGAACCUCACUCAUGUAGCAUCCAGCAAAGUUUCACGAGGAAGUUCGAUGAAAAGAAGAAAAAUAAGGAGAGCUAUCCUCUCACUGGCGGCUGUAGCUCUGGAGCUGAAGAUCAGUUCAGGGUCACCAGUUCGAUGAGCUCCAGUCGAAAAAGUAGAUUGAAGUUGAAAGCAAAGGAUGCUAAGAAAGAGAAUCGUACAAAAGGUGGAGCAGUUAGCAAGUUGAUGGAAAGCAUGGCUGCCGAGGAGGACUUUGAGCCCAGUCAGGACAGCAGUUUCUCUGAAGAUGAAAAUGUUCCUCUGAGUAUGCACCCUGAGCGCCCAAUCACUCCAGCUCCACGCUCCUGUAUUAUAGACAAAGAUGAUUUAAAGGAUGGGUUACGAGUUCUUAUUCCGAUGGAUGAUAAGCUUCUCUAUGCUGGCCAUGUACAGACUGUACAUUCUCCAGACAUAUAUCGUGUGGUUGUAGAAGGUGAGAGAGGAAACCGUCCCCAUAUCUACUGCCAGGAGCAGCUCCUUCAAGAAGCUAUCAUAGAUGUUAAGCCACCCUCUAUCCGCUACCUGCCUGAAGGCACUCGAAUUGCUGCUUACUGGAGCCAGCAGUAUCGCUGUUUGUAUCCAGGCACCAUCAUGCAAGGAAAUCUAGACCAGGAAGAAGACAUAGACCUGAUCACAGUGGAGUUUGAUGAUGGAGACACAGGACGUAUUCCACUGUCUCAUAUUCGUCUUUUACCACCCGAUUACAAGAUACAAUGUGCAGAGCCCUCCCCUGCUUUAUUGGUUCCAAGCGCAAAACGGAGAAUACGGAAAUCCAGCAAAGAGCAAAUAGAAGGAAAAGAUGGUGGUCCUAUUGGCAGUGAAGAGGGGCUGGUGAAGAGCAAACAAAGAGGACGGAAACCAAGUAUCAAGCAAGUUGCUGGAGAUGUAUCAAUUCAAGAAAUCAUUGGUGAUGAAGAAAUUGCAACAUCAGGUCAAGAUAUCCAACAAAAUGUAAUGCAGUCAAACACAGGAAACACCGACCGGAAAAACCCUUCAACCCCAACAGAAACUCCAGCUGCCAUUGUUUCAACAAAAGCUACAAAACCUGGAAAAGUGAAGAUUACCACUAAGCUCUGUGGUUCUAAGCAGACUUCUUAUCCAGGGUCUGUGUAUGGAAAAGUUGCAAAUGGAGAUGGGCAUUGUGACUCCAACAUAGCCGUGUUCACCCAAAAUGUAUUAGAAGGGAAUGUGAAAGCAAAGAAAGUAAGAAAACAAGAUGAUCAAGGAGACUUUGUACCAACUUCCAAAACCCAGAGGAAGACAGAUAGUGAAAUUCUGGUGAAAUUGGACCAUGAAGGGGUAAUGUCUCCAAAGACUAAAACAACUAAGGAGGCAAUGAUGAGGCUUGAAGAUCCUAUCACCACAGUACGAAGAGAUCAAAAAAACGUGGGCAUUGGCUACUCUAACGUAGUCAUAACUGAAGCCAAAGAGAAGCCUUUAAGAUCAAAAGCUAAUGCAGCAGAAGACUCUCUGACUCAUCUCUUUGGAUCUGAAGUAUUUGAUAGUGCUGAAGACCAUUCAAGGAAUAAAUCUGAUCAGCGCCAAGAAAAUCAAGAACCUAAAGAGGAGAAUGAGAGCAGUGGUAGUAGCUCAGAAUCUGAAGCGGAUGAGGGCAGAGAACAGAAGGCCAGUCAAGCACAGAAAGAUAGUACCAGCAGUAGCUCUUGCUCUUCAACAGCUGUAUCAUCAACAAAAUCUUCUUCAUCCUCUAGCAGUAGCUCUUCUUCCUCAUCAUCAUCCUCUUCCUCCGCAUCAUCUUCUUCUUCAACAUCAUCAUCUUCAAGUUCAAGCUCUUCAUCAACUUCAACAGAUGACGAUUUGUCCAGUAGUUCAGAGGAUGAAGCUCAGGAGGCACCCAACCCUUCAAAUACCCAGCAACAUCUGCAAGUGAAAGAUAUUAAACCAGCCAGCGAUUGCAGAGUUGCCAUCCAUAUUCCGAACCAGAAGCCGCAAAAACAAGAGCAGCAGAAAGGGUCUAAAGGCAAACCCAAAAAAAGAGAAGGUAUACAUCUACCUACAACCAAGGAACUGGCCAAGAGGCAAAGGCUUCCUUCUGUGGAGAAUAGACCUAAGAUUGCAGCAUUUUUACCUGCAAGGCAGCUCUGGAAGUGGUUUGGAAAGCCUACACAGAGGAGAGGUAUGAAAGGAAAAGCCAGAAAAUUAUUCUACAAGGCUAUUGUCCGUGGGAAGGAAAUAAUCAGAAUUGGAGAUUGUGCAGUGUUUCUGUCUGCAGGGAGACCGAAUCUGCCUUAUAUUGGUCGUAUACAGAGCAUGUGGGAAUCUUGGGGGAAUAACAUGGUUGUAAGGGUAAAGUGGUUCUAUCACCCAGAAGAAACUAAUCCAGGAAAGAAACUCAAUACUGGCAAGAAUUGGGAUCAGAAAUCUUGCAAAGGUGCCACAUCUGGUCUGCAAGUAUCCAGUCAGAGGAAAGAUUUUAUGGAGCGUGCCUUGUAUCAGUCCUCUCAUGUCGAUGAGAAUGAUGUUCAGACUGUGUCUCACAAAUGUCUGGUGGUUGCUAUUGAGCAAUAUGAGCAGAUGCGAAAGACAAAAAAGUACCAGGAUAGUGAAGAUCUUUAUUACCUGGCUGGAACAUAUGAACCCACCACAGGAAUGAUAUUUAACACAGAUGGAGUGCCUGUUAUCUGUUGAACAUACAGAAAUAUUUUUUGCAAGUUGUAACCGGUUUAACAGACUUUGUCUUGACUAAUCAUACACUAAUGUUUAUACAAAGGGAAUCUGACUACUCCCAGCACAUCACUCUCCGAAAUAUAAUGUCAUUAGUAGUACUAACAUCACAUAGUUUGGAAAAUUCUGCUAAAUAUUUUUCAUAUAGGGUACAAUAUGUUUAUGACCCACACAAACUUCAGAUGGAUUGAAUGUUAUUUGAGCCUUAGUUCAUGCUCGCUGAACCGAUACAUGAUUGAAGAAAACAGUUUGUUAUGAUUGUGGGAUGUGCGUCAAAUCCCAAGAACACUAAAGAAAUAAGGAAAUGCAUGAGGAGAACUCUCAACCAUAUAACAUUAAAUCAGUGGAGAAAUAAACUUCUGGACUUUUUGUUUCUUCAGGCUGUAAGAGCCGAUUGUGAAUAUGGAAAAUGGGAAAACAGUACUUUAAAAAAAAAAAAAGAUGGUGGCGUAUAAUACCCAUAAUGCACAAAGACUUGUAUUAUUUUUUUUGUGAAGGAAAAAAAAAAAUUAGAAAUCACAAAAGGCUUCACGGAUAAUCUUAUCUGGGAAUAUAAUUUAUAGUGAGAGCAAGCUGGGUGUCUCUAACAAAUAGAAAUAUGGUCCAGAUAUUAAAACACUACAUCCUGGACCAAACCUCCCAUGGUUUUUCAUGUACAUAGUCAUCAGAUGGAUUACAUUUUCACCUAGAUACGUAUGUUUGUGUAUGUAUUCUAUGUAUAAUGUGCGUGUGUGUGUAUAUGUGUUAUAUAUUAUCAUGUAUACAAACACACUGAUCAUACUAUAUAUACAUACAUAUACAUAUGCAUAUAUGUAGUUUACCAUAAAUAUAUAUAUAUAGAGAGAGAGAAAUUUUAAAUUCUUUUAAAACUGUAAACAAUCUACAGUUAACGUGAACAAAAAGGUUCAACUCAGUCUAAUGACUAGAAAAGUGUUUUUUAUUUCAUAUUUGUGUUUGUAAAUGACCUGGGAACACACCUGCACAUAUACACAAGCUCAGCUCACAGAAAUGUAUUUGUACUGUACUUAACGCUACAAUGUAAAUGAGAAAAGGAUUUCAUGCUGGUACACUGUACCAGAUAAAGCACUUACUGCCUUUUUCAGACACCACGGUUUUCCAGACAAUCUUGCUGUGGAAAGAGUUUGUCCUUUUUUUUUUUUUGUUUGUUCAUGGUUUUUUUGGGGUUUUUUUUUUUUUAAGCUAUUUGUUUUGUUGAAAAGUUCUGUGUGCUCCCUUUUCAUAAAA